CUCUCCGCCGAGUGGAUUAUUGCAUUGCUAGUUUAGUUAUUUGCUGUGUGACUAGUGACCGAGAUGCCUGAACCGGCGAAAUCCGCUCCCGCGCCCAAGAAGGGCUCCAAGAAAGCGGUGACCAAGACCCAGAAGAAAGGGGAUAAGAAGCGCCGCAAGACCAGGAAGGAGAGUUACUCCAUUUAUGUCUACAAGGUGCUGAAGCAGGUUCACCCCGACACCGGUAUCUCUUCCAAGGCCAUGGGCAUCAUGAACUCCUUCGUCAACGACAUCUUCGAGCGCAUCGCCGGGGAGGCGUCUCGCCUGGCGCAUUACAACAAGCGCUCCACCAUCACCUCCCGGGAGAUCCAGACCGCCGUGCGCCUGCUGCUGCCCGGGGAGCUGGCCAAACACGCCGUGUCGGAGGGCACCAAGGCCGUGACCAAGUACACCAGCUCCAAGUAACCGCGCCGCGUGGUUCUCCCCCAAAGAGACGUCAAUUUCAAAACCCCAAAGGCUCUUUUAAGAGCCACCCACUGUCUCCAUGAGAGGGUUGCAAUCGCUGUACGUUGCGUGAGCAACUUGUCUUGCCACGGUAGCUCCUAGCAGAGCACAUAUUGGACUUUUUUGGUUAUUCUAAGUGCAUAUUGGUUUCUUCAAUCUGCUGCUUGUUUGGGGGCUUUGCCGGGUCGUGUUCGGCUUCAGCAAGUCUUGAUUGGCUUCUUACUUCCUUUAAUUGUCUGUUUAUGUUAAGUAACUUUAAGUGGGAGGUGGAUCCGGAUCGGGCUGCGCUGGGCUGGGCUUGCUUGCGCCUGACAUGAAAAGGCAGUGCAACUUUUUAAAUAUUGUAGACUGGGGGAGUUUCUCCUGUGCCACGUUAGUGGCUUCUGUAGGAUUUAAUAAUCAGAUAGUU